AUGCCCAGAAGAAUCCCCAAGAGUAUUAAACGCUCGUCGAGAGCUAAGCCACCUACCCCCUAUAUUCCCAAGCAAGUAAAGUUUCCUCUAUCGAAGAAGGCACAAGCUAAACCUACUCCUAAAGGCCCCUCAUACUCAGAGAGAAUCUUCAACAAACUCCAAGAAAGCAUUGAAGGCGAUGGACCACAUUUUCCUGUGGGUGGUCGCGAGGUUUACUUUCCUCAUGCUAAAGUAGUCCUUGUUCGUCCAAGUGCUAAGCAUACCCCAUAUCAAGCUAAGUUUGUCGUUCCACGUUACUUCAACAAACUAGACUUGAGAGACUAUCUUUAUCAUGUCUACGGACUCAAAGCCCUAAAUAUCACCACCCAACUAUUAUGGGCUCGCUGGAAGAGAGAUGCUCCUGGUAAGCCUCGUUACAGAACUCCACAAGUCAAGAAGAUGACUAUUGAGAUGGCUGACCCAUUUGUGUGGCCCAAACCUACUACCUUGCAAGAGAUCAGAAAACACUACAACGUGAACUUUAUCAAGGAAUUGCAUAAAUAUGGUGAAGAUGCCAAUAGAUUUGGCUCUGACAAACUAAAACCUCCAAGAGCAUUCGGCGGAAUUGCGGGUCCAUAUGUACCUCCCGCCAGCCCAUUCUUGCCUAAACAAAUCACGAGGCAGAUGCUCAAGAAGAAGAAGGUUGCUGAGGUGCAAGCUCUUCGCCAAAAGGACGUUGACAUGGUUAAAAACUUCCUACGUCUAUAG